AUGGAGCAAGCACAUAUUGAUGAUACGGAUGCUGAAGAAUUCGAGGAGGCUUGUCUAGGCUGUCGACAUUAUAAAAGGAACGUCAAACUACAAUGUUACGCCUGCAAGAAAUGGUAUACUUGUCGAUUUUGCCACGACGAGGUAGAAGACCACCACCUCGAUCGCCCAAAAACAGAAAACAUGCUAUGCAUGCUAUGCGGCCAUGCUCAGCCUGCCACGCAAUUUUGUAGGCAAUGCGGGGAACAAUCUUCGCAGUACUAUUGCAACAUCUGCAAGCUCUGGGACAACGACACUAGCAAAAGUAUCUACCAUUGCAAUGACUGCGGAAUCUGUCGAAUCGGUCAAGGCUUAGGCAAAGACUUUUUUCACUGCAAGACGUGCUGCGUCUGUCUGCCUAUUUCGAUCGAGAAUACGCAUCGAUGCAUUGAGCGCUCGACGCAGUGUGAUUGUCCUAUCUGUGGGGACUACAUGUUUACUUCUCCCGAGACCGUCGUCUUUAUGCGGUGUGGUCACAGCAUACACCAAAAGUGUCUUUCCGAGUAUUCAAAAAAUUCAUAUCGCUGUCCGAUAUGCAGCAAGACCAUAACGAAUAUGGAAUCUACCUUUCGAAACCUGGACCGUACGAUCCAAAGUCAACCUAUGCCGGCUGAGUUCAAUGACACAAAAGCUUUAAUUUACUGUAACGAUUGUGGCGCAAAGUCUGUCGUUAGGUACCACUGGCUGGGACUGAGAUGUGAUAUAUCAGAUGAUGACAAUGAUGACGAAGACGACGACGAUGAAGAGAAGAUAGAUAUCUUUGGACACAGGUGA